AUGAAUCCGCGACCACUUUUGGGUCCCGACCCACCAGUUGAGAACCCUGAUGUCGGCGAACACGUGGCUGUUGCUGCUCCAUGGCUGCUCCAAGUUGCCCUAACACAAUCAUUUGUUCACUCAGUACAGACGGACUUACUUCUCUCUGACCAGCAAUUGCAGUUUGAAAGGCGCAGCUUCACUUCCUACCAAAGAGCAGUGGACGGCUUGUUGAAGACGUUUCCAUCCAUCUCAAAGGUUGCAGAGGUCAGCCUGGUUGACCGCCGCAGGACUUGCGCGGUGGUGGGCAAUUCCGUUAAUUUGAAGGGCUCUCGAUACGGACAUCUGAUAGAUGCUCAUGAUGUGGUUCUAAGAAUGAACUACGCUCCUACCAAAGGAUACGAAGAAGACGUGGGGACUAAAACGAGCCAUCGCCUCAUGUAUCCAGAGAGCGCCCUAGACUUGAACGACUCCACUCAUCUUGUGCUGUUACCUUUCAAGAUCCUGGACUUGGAGUGGCUCCAGCAAGCCUUCACCACGGGAUUUAAUGGAACGUCAUACAAACCAGUGAGAGCCACCAUACGAGCAAACAAGAGUCUGGUGAUGGUGGUCAAUCCGGGCUUCAUUGCCUACGUUAACCGAGCGUGGCUGGGAAUGAGGCGCGGGUAUCCCUCCACUGGCUUUUUGGCCGUGAUUCUGGCCCUGCACAUGUGUGACGAGGUCCAUGUGUUUGGCUACGGAGCAGACAGAAACGGGAACUGGAGUCAUUACUGGGGAAAAGUGGGGGAAAAUCCAAACUUUAAAACUGGAUUACACCAUGGAAAACACGAGUACCACAUGCUACGAACGAUGGCUGUGCAUCAACAAUUAAAGUUUUUUAGAGGGUGUUUUCAAAAAGCGUAGAAAAAAAACGCAACAGGUGCCAUUCUGUUCUACAUUUUGUUGCCAUGUUGUCUUGUAGCACCAAAUGAGUGCUUACCUGAAUAUCCUUUUAUGGAUUCUGCUAUUUUUGUAUCAAUAUGACUGGAUUAUUUAUAUCAAAGGUCUACAAAGAGUUGCCAGAGUUAUUUUUAAUAAAAUAAGACUCUUUCAACAUGUCCUCAUAUGGGUGUCGACACUGUGGAUGAUGUGGCAUAAUUGUGAAUUAAUUGAACAGACUGCCAGCUUCAGUUUCAUUGUGAGUGAGACUUAAUUGCUCUAAAAUGGAAGCUAGAAGCACAAUUGUACGGCCACUGCAUGUUUACAAAGUAGUGCAAUGCUGCUGUAUUCACUGGCAAUAGCAAUAAUAGAUGCCUGCUUAUUGCUGACGUAAAUGGACAAAUCAACCAAUCAGGAGUGUUCAGGACAUUACCUUACAUUACAUUACCUUAACAUUGCAAGAAGUCAGCAGCGUCUUUUGUUCCCAGUUUUUGUGUGGCUUCACCUGGUAUUUUGGUUUGUGCUUUGUUUCGGCUUUGUAUGUUUAUUUCCCACGCC